AUGCUUUUCUCUCCUCAUUUCCAUCCAUUCCUUUUUCCCAUCAUUCUUUCGUUAUUAAACCACUCCUUAUUCAUUUCACAUUUGUUUUUCCUUUCUUUUUUUUUCCUUUUUCUCUCUCUUCUCUUCCCCAGAAGUCUCUACAGCACAGACAACCUCGACAAAGCCAAAGCAGAUCUGGCAAAGGGAGACCCAAAAGGCAAAGGCUUUAAACAAAAAAUGAGCCACUCACAGGGAAAUACAAAUAUGACGUUAGCGGAUGAACUAGACACGGUUUCUGGCAGCAAUGGUUGCGGAGGCGGCGGCACGAGCGUCCAAGAGAGUCCUUUUGUAGAUAACAACGUCUACGAAGUGCAACCGAGCGACGGCUACAAAAGAGUUUUUCUAUCGUAUUCCCCUCUCUCUCACACACUUUCUUUUUCGCUUAUUAUCUCCCUCUCUUUCUUACAUACACACACAUACUCUCACACUUAUCUUCGUCUCUCUUUUUUUUUUCUUUUUCUUUUAUUCUAUUUCUUUUUCUCUGACUAUUUCUCUGACUUUCUCUCUCUUUCCCGUGCAGGCGCAUUUAUCGUUUUACUUAUUUAUCCUUUUGCUCUUCCUCUCCUUCGUUCUCCCCAUGGCGCUCUCUCUCUCUCUCUCUCUCUCUCUCUCUCUCUCUCUCUCUCCUUCCUUCCAUCAGAUCCUCUUCUCUUUUCUUUUUCUUUCCAUCUCUCGUUCUUAUACAUUUGUUCGUUCUCUCCCUUUUUCUCUCCCUCUUUUUUUCUAAAUCCCACCCCCAUAAUCACCUCGAUCUUUCUCUCUCGCCCUCUCUUACGUUUUCUCUUUCUCGUUCUCUCUGUUGCUCCUCUUUUGUUCAUGAUUUCGUUUUCCCUACUCAGACACUUUCUCUUUCUGCUUCUUCCCUUCAUUUCCCCCAUUUUUACUUCAUUUCCUCAAUUUUAA